CUCUGCGAAGAAUAAACCAUGGCACUGUUUUUUCUCUUAAAAUCCACCUAUUCUUUUGGCACUUUUUCUAUCUUGAGAUCUUGUCUCAAAACCCUUUGAAAAAAGAGUUCUCGAUUCGAAAGCAAAGUCUAGAUUUCCCCCAAAACUCAGUCGAGAAUCUCGUACCAAAAUUUCAUGGAAAAUAAAUAAUCCUAUUCUCCUUCUUCCUAAUGGUGAAGUAGUUUAUUUCUACUAAUUUUUCCCAGCUUUUCUCUACAAAAUCUCUUCUUUGUUCUAUAUCCAUAAAAAAAAAAAAAAUCUGUUCUGUUCUCGAUAAACCCUUCAAAGGAGGCAUUUUUAUGGCAGUUCCGGAGGAAACUGUGGUUCUGAUCACAGGAUGCUCUGAGGGCGGUAUUGGAUAUGCGCUUGCCCGGGCCUUUGCUGCAGAGGGAUGCCUUGUUGUUGCGACGAGCCGGUCUCUGAACUCCAUGAAAAGCCUCGAGGAUGAUUCCAGGUUCUUUCUCCAAGAGAUCGAUGUUCUCUCGGAGGAAAGCAUUCGGAGAGCUUUGACAAACACAUUGGAGAAGUUUGGCCGGAUUGAUGUUCUUAUAAACAAUGCCGGGGUUCACUUGGUUGCGCCACUCGCCGAGGUUCCGAUGUCUUCUUUCGAGCAUGUCUUCAGUACUAAUGUCUAUGGUCCCAUGAGGUUAAUUCAAGCUGUAGUUCCCCACAUGGUAACGAGGAGAAAGGGUAAGAUAGUAAAUGUGGGAAGUAUUACUGCCUUGGCUCCUGGACCAUGGGCAGGUGUUUAUUCGGCAUCGAAAGCUGCUCUUCAUGCAUUAACUGAUACUUUGAGAUUGGAACUCCAAACUUUUGGCAUCAGUGUCAUAAAUAUAGUUCCUGGUGCUAUCAGAUCAAACUUGGGAAAUUCUUCAAUAGCUACCUACAGCCGGAUGCCCGAAUGGAAGUUCUACAAACCAUUUGAGGCUUCAAUCCGAGCAAGGACUGAUAUCUCUCAGGGCCCCGGGUCUGCACCAGCAGAAGAGCUUGCAAAAAAGACUGUUGCAUUGGUACUCAAGAAGAACUCACCAGCAUGGUUCUCUUAUGGCCGUUUCUCUACAAUUCUAGCAAUCCUCUACUACCUCCCACUAUCUAUUAGAGACUACUUCUAUAGGAAGGCUUUGAAAUGUUAAAUGGGGUGUUUGCUUCUCUAUAGUUCAAUGGAGUUAAAGUGGUAAUGUAGGUAGGCAUGUAAAUGGUCUUGGAGCAGAUCAUCUCCGUGCGGAGUAUUAGAGCACUGUAAUGUUGUGGUUCAUGCUGUAACCAAAAGCAUGUGUUACUUAUAUAAGAAUGAUCGGUGUACUCAAUUACUCAUGCUUCUCUUUUAUUGCUUUGGUUGGUCA